UCUCUUGAGCCCUCACAGGUAUAUAAGGUCAUGCUGGACACAGCUCCCUCACAUCCUCAGAAAUGGCUUUCCUCUGGUUCGUGUCUUGCUUGGCUUUCGUCAGCGCAGCCUACGGCUGUGGCGUUCCCGCCAUCCCCCCCGUGGUGAGCGGCUAUGCCCGCAUCGUCAACGGCGAGGAGGCCGUGCCCCACUCUUGGCCCUGGCAGGUGUCCCUGCAGGACUACACUGGUUUCCACUUCUGUGGCGGCUCCAUUGUGAACGAGAACUGGGUUGUGACUGCUGCCCACUGCAAUGUGAGGACCAGCCACCGCGUCAUUGUUGGCGAGCACAACAAGGGAGUGUCCGGUGAGGACAUCCAGACCAUGAGAGUUCAGCAGGUCUUCACUCACCCCAACUGGAACGCCUACACCAUCAACAACGACAUCGCCCUGAUCAAGCUGACCACCCCCAUCCAGCUCAACACCCACGUGUCCCCCGUCUGCCUGGCCGAGACCAGCGAUGUGUUCGCCGAUGGCAUGAAGUGCGUGACCUCUGGCUGGGGCCUGAUGGCACACAACGACAUGUUCACCCCCAACAAGCUGCAGCAGGCUGCCCUGCCCCUGCUCUCCAACACUCAGUGCAAGCAGCACUGGGGAAGCAACAUCUCCGACGUCAUGAUCUGCGCUGGCGGUGAUGGUGCCACCUCCUGCAUGGGAGACUCUGGCGGCCCCCUGGUGUGCCAGAAGGACAACGUGUGGACCCUGGUGGGUAUCGUGUCCUGGGGCAGCAGCAGGUGCUCCAUCACCACCCCCGCCGUCUACGCCCGCGUGACCAUGCUCCGCGCCUGGGUGGACCAGACCCUUGCUGCCAACUAAGCCACCGGGAUGUCAGCAGUCGUCAGACAACGUCCACUUUCACAACAACUUUCAUAACAACAAAACGUCAAUAGCAACACCUUGUCAUGUAUCUCCAGUAUUACACAAUAAACCAGUGAAUAGCAAAGCAA